AUGGUAAAUGACUUGGGGAAGUUAGUGUCUAUUAUGGAAUACAUUGAUGAGACUAUUUUUGAAAGGCGAUAUGGGAGAAUUGCACAACUAAUGAGGUUACCCGUACAAGCAGCAGCAAUCAAAGCCCUACUGAAUUUUUGGGAUCCUAGUUAUCGGAGUUUUACCUUUGGGAACAUUGAUAUGACACCGACUUUGGAGGAAUAUGAAAGGAUUCUAGAUUUUCCAAACGACAGCCACAGGAUCUACCUAAGGCGAAGAUUUGAAGAUACAGCUUCGGAGGUAAUCACUUUAUUAGGCUUGGGAAAAAUCAGUCAAUGUAGAGUCGCCGAUGGGGGUUUCAAAUGGAAAGUCAUUGAGGCCCGAAUGAAGAAAAAUGCUGAAGAAGGGAAGUUAGGAGAGGAACGAUACAGGUUGGUGGCCUUCGCCAUUUUUGGGCUAGUAUUGUUCCCUUCCGAAAUCGGAGUCAUCAGUUUGGAAGCAGCAAGUGUCUUCAUAGAAUACGAGCGUGACCAGAUCAAUCCUUCAUCAGCUAUUUUGGGAGAAACCAUGUUAUCACUCAAUCACUGCAGAAUGCAUGGAAAAGGAGCCAUGAGAUGUUGCACCCCUAUGUUGUAUUUAUGGAUUAUCAGUCAUAUCGAAACACCAAGGGACAUUUUUAACAACUUUUGGUGGUUUGACCUACGACCGUUAAAGGUUACCAUGGAUGAGACUUGGAAGAAUUGGGAUGAGAAAGCAUGGAUAGAUAAAUAUGCAGCAUUGCCAAGGAGCAACUUCAAAUGGAAAGCACCAUGGAUGAACAAUGCCAUCUGCACAAUGAGCUGUGGAAAUAAGAUAUGGGUUCCUUUGAUUGGUAUAACCGGGUACAUCAGCUACGCGCCCGCCCUAGUAACAAGACAGUUGGGUGGAAUGCAGUACGCGCCAAGAACCCUGGGUUUAGCUGAUUUCCAGCAGGUAUCCCAAAACCAGGGGGCAAACUCGGCCAAUGAACAACAUUUUGUGCCUAUCACCCCUAUCCAGCCAACUCACGCUCCAAUCACUGUGGACUUAACAGUGGAGGGAGUCCCGGAUAAUAGGUCUCCCAGUGUGAUGGACCAAGACAAGCUAUUUGCUCUAGAAGAAAGGUUAAGGGCAGUUGAGGAACAAGGGAUUAAAGCUGGGCGAAUAGCGAUGCCAGUGGAAAAGAAGGGUUUUAUUGGAAGAAAGAGAGAAGGCGAUGUUAACAAUCUGGAAGGUGGGUACAAGGGCAAGAGACCCGAGUUGGCUUGCGAGUACCAUGGGGGUAAUCCCGGGCAUGGGAUUGAAACCGGUUACGCUUUCAAGAAGAGGCUAUUGGAGCUUAUUAAGAUGGGAUGGGUAUCCUUUGAAGACAAGCCCAAUGUUAAUUCAAACCCAUUGCCUAAGCAUGCCCCAAAUAGUAGUGGAGUAGGCAUGAUCGAAGUGGGAAAUCAAUGCAAGGUAUUGAAGGUAUCCAUGAAGAAGUUGUAUGACAUGUUGGUACAAUCAGGAUUUUUAAAGACAAAAGGGGAGAGCCGUUUGGAGGGAUAUGAUUACUGUGAAUACCAUGGAAGAGAUGGACAUCAUAUUGAGGAUUGCAUCGAGUUUUGCGAAAAGAUUGCAAAAAUGCUAAAAAUAGGGGAGUUGAGGAUUGAACCCAUGAAGAGCAGCGGUGAGGUGAGUAUGAUGGAAGGUCGAGAUGAGAUGACAGGAGUAUGUAGGAUCCAACAAACAGCUAAGGGGCCACCAAGGCUAAUCUUGGUCAAACCUUCCUGCACAAAAGGAAACCACAAUGCCAUGCAUUACAAUUACGGCUAUACCUCCAACGUUCAAACUCCACUUCCCUUGUUCCAAACCGAGAUUAGUGGUUUGACUCGGAGUGGUCGUUGCUUUACGCCCAAGGAGUUGAGAAAGGCAAAGGGCAAAGAAGUGGUAGAUCUUGACAAAACACUAGAAGUUAAUAAGCCAGUAACAGAAGAGGAGUCGAAUGAAUUCUUGAAGUUGAUCAAGCAUAGCGAAUAUUGCAUAGUGGAUCAACUAAAGAAGACUCCAGCUAGGAUCUCCCUUAUGACCUUGAUACUCAGCUCUGAGCCGCAUCGAAACGCCUUGCAAAAGGUAUUGAAUGAGGCAUAUGUACCCCAAGACAUCGAACAUAAAACCAUGGAGCAUCUAGUGGGGAGGAUCCAUGCAACGAAUUACCUGUACUUCACAGCUGACGAGCUCGAUGCUGAAGGUACCGGACAUAACAAGCCUUUAUACAUUACGGUUAGGUGCAAGGACUGCCUCAUAGGAAAAGUACUCAUUGAUAAUGGCUCAGCCCUUAACGUGUUGCCAAAGCACAUGCUAGAAGAAAUGCCGAUCGAUGAAUCCCAUAUUAAGCCAAGUACUAUGAUGGCCAGAGCGUAUGACGGGUCGCCUAGGCCAAUAAUUGGGACUUUAGAAGUGGAGCUAUACGUGGGACCACAAAUGUUCCUAGUAACACUUCAGGUUAUGGAUAUCCACCCUUCCUAUAGUAUGUUGUUAGGAAGACCUUGGAUUCAUGCAGCGGGGGCAGUAGCUUCGUCAUUGCACCAAUGCCUGAAGUAUAUCAUGAAUGGGAUGUUGGUAACUGUCAAGGCCGAGGAGACAGUAUCCAUGACAAAGAAUGUAGCUGUGCCUUUUAUCGAAGCGGGUGAUUGCAAGGGUAACAAUAUCCAUGCCUUUGAGAUUGUGAACACCGACUGGGUGCCAGAGAACACAGUGCUAAGAAGGCCCAGGAUCUCAGAAGCAGCAAGGAUGGCAAGUCUAUGCUUCUUGAACCGCGAGAUCCCAUUUCAGUAUAACCUUAUUAUCGGGAUACCAGAAGGGGUUAAUCUGGCCGAAAGCCCUGAUCAAGAACUGUCAAACAUGAGCAUAAAUACCUUGGGGGAAAACAAGAUGGAAGGAGAUGAAAUGAAGACAGUAGCAAGAAAGGGAGAUGAAGCACUCCCACAACUGACGAUCUACACCAUAGAAGAAGUAUCCGCCAAGACCUUUGUGCGCAAGCUAGUAGAACAACAGGAACAGACUUGGAAGCCUAUCGCCGAGGAACUCGAAACCAUCAAUGUGGGUAGUGAUCAGCUCAAGAAAGAGUUGAAAAUAGGUACCUUAAUUACUUCUGAACAAAGGAUAAAAAUGAUCACCCUAUUACAAGAAUAUUCAGAUGUCUUUGCUUGGUCCUAUGAAGAUAUGCCGGGUUUGGAUACAAAUAUUGUAGUACACAAAAUACCGUUGGAAGAAGGUUGUAAGCCAGUCAAGCAGAAGCUGAGGAGGGCCCACCCAGAUGUCUGGAUCAAGGUCAAGGCAGAACUGGAGAAGCAAUGGGAUGCUGGCUUCCUAGAAGUAGUUAGAUAUCCACAAUGGGUAUCUAACGUUGUUGUGGUGCCUAAGAAGGAGGGGAAGAUUAGAGUUUGUGUGGAUUUUCGGAAUUUGAAUAGAGCUAGCCCUAAGGAUGAUUUUCCCCUACCACACAUAGAUGUUUUAGUAGAUAACGCUGCCCGGAGUUCCACUUAUUCCUUUAUGGAUGGUUUUUCAGGAUACAACCAGAUAAAAAUGGCUCUGGAGGAUAAGGCGAAAACAACUUUUGUCACACCUUGGGGGACGUUCUGCUACAAGGUCAUGCCAUUUGGAUUGAAGAAUGCAGGAGCAACCUAUCAAAGAGCAAUGGUGACUUUGUUCCACGACAUGAUGCACAAGGAAAUUGAGGUGUAUGUAGACGACAUGAUUGCCAAGUCUAAAAGGGGAGAGGAUCAUGUUGAAGUUUUGAGGAAGUUGUUUGAGAGGUUGAGGAAGAAUGAACUAAGGCUUAAUCCUGCAAAAUGUUCGUUCGGAGUUAAAUCGGGCAAGCUGUUAGGAUUUGUGGUAAGUGAUAGAGGUAUAGAGGUGGAUCCAGAUAAAGUAAGGGCCAUCCAAGCUAUGUCAUCCCCUAAGACGGAGAAAGAAGUAAGAGGAUUCUUGGGAAGGUUAAACUACAUUGCUCGGUUCAUAGCUCAGUUAACAACGACGUGUGAACCUAUAUUCCGACUACUAAGGAAAAAGAAUCCUGGAACCUGGAAUGAGGAGUGUGAGGAGGUAUUCAAUAAAAUCAAACACUAUUUACAAAAUCCACCUUUACUGGUUCCUCCGGUAUCGGGAAAACCUCUAGUAUUGUAUCUAACAGUGACUGAAGCAGCCAUGGGAUGUGUAUUGGGUCAGCAUGACGAAACCGGAAGGAAGGAAAGAGCUAUUUAUUACUUAAGUAAGAAAUUCACUGAAUGUGAGUCUAGAUACACGGAAAUAGAAAGGCUUUGUUGUGCGUUGGUGUGGGCGGCAAAGAGGUUGCGACAUUAUAUGUUAUACUAUACCACUUGGUUGAUUUCAAAGGUGGAUCCUCUGAGGUACAUUUGUAACAAGCCCUUUCUCUCAAGUCGAAUUGCAAGGUGGCAAGUUUUAUUAGCAGAAUAUGACAUAGUAUAUAUGACAAGGAAAGCCGUAAAAGGAAGUGCAAUCGCGGACCAUCUGGCCGAUAAUGCUGUUGAAGAUUACGAACCUUUGGAUUUUGACUUCCCCGAUGAAGAUAUAUUGUCAAUAGAGAAAGAAGAAGAAAAGACAGAUUGGUGGACGAUGUUUUUUGACGGUGCAGUGAAUGUAUAUGGUAACGGGGCCGGUGCGGUAAUAAUCUCUCCUGAUAAGAAACAGUAUCCAGUUUCGGUUAAACUACAUUUCGAGUGCACCAACAAUACAGCUGAGUAUGAAGCUUGUAUCCUCGGUUUAGAAGCGGCAUUAGAGUUGAAGAUAAAGAAGUUAGAUGUAUACGGAGAUUCAAUGUUGAUUAUCUGUCAGGUUAAGGGGGAAUGGCAAACCAAGGAGGAAAAGUUGAGGCCGUACCAGGAAUACCUGUCCACGCUAGCAAAGGAAUUUGAAGAAAUUAGAUUCACCCAUCUGGGAAGAGAGGGGAACCAUUUUGCAGAUGCUUUGGCCACGCUAGCUGCUAUGACUACCAUUGAUCUCAAGUGCAAGGUACAACCGGUACACAUUGACAUUAGAAAUGACCCAGCUCACUGUUGCUUAGUUGAAGGAGAGAUAGACGGACAUCCUUGGUAUUAUGAUAUCAAGAACCUUGUGCAAAAUCACGAAUAUCCGGUGGGAGCUUCCAAAACGGAUAAGAAAACUUUGAGAAGGUUGGCUAUAGACUUCUAUUUAGAUGGAGAGAUUUUGUACAAAAGAUCAUUUGAUGGGACCCUACUAAGGUGUUUGAAUGAGGCAGAUGCUAGAAAGGCAUUACGGGAGGUCCAUGAGGGGAUUUGCUCAACCCAUGCUAGCGGGCAUAUGAUAGCGAGGAAAAUCCAAAGGGCUGGUUAUUUUUGGAUGACACUAGAGAAAGACUGCAUCGAUUAUGUCAGGAAAUGUCAUAAAUGUCAAGUUUACAGUGACAAGGUCAGUAUGCCACCAGCUCCUCUAUUUAAUCUAAUAUCCCCUUGGCCAUUUACAAUGUGGGGAAUUGACGUGAUCGGGCCUGUUAACCCAAAAGCUAGCAAUGGUCAUAGAUUCAUCCUCGUAGCUAUUGACUACUUCACAAAAUGGGUAGAAGCUAGUUCAUAUGCCCACGUAACACAGAACGUAGUGAAGAGGUUUAUAGAAAAGGACUUGAUUUGUCGAUAUGGUCCUCCUGAAAGGAUAGUGACAGAUAAUGCACAGAAUUUCAAUGGCAAAAUGAUAGCGGAGCUGUGUACUAAAUGGAAAAUCAAGCAUUCGAAGUCUUCACCAUACCGACCAAAGAUGAAUGGCGCAGUAGAAGCCGCCAACAAGAACAUCAAGAAGAUUAUUCAGAAAAUGGUAGUCACAUAUAGAGAUUGGCAUGAGAUGUUGUCAUUCGCACUUCACGCAUACCGCACUACAGUCAGGACCUCGACAGGGACUACCCCAUAUUCUUUGGUAUACGGUAUGGAGGCAGUAAUGCCGUUGGAAGUGGAAAUCCCAUCGUUAAGAGUAUUAAUGGAUUCCGAACUAGAAGAGGCUGAGUGGGCCAAAGUGAGAUAUGAGCAACUGAACUUGAUCAGCGAAAAGAGGAUAGCUGCAAUAUGUCAUCACCAACUUUACCAGAAACGAAUGGCCAAGGCAUAUGAUAAGAAGGUUAGACCGCGGUUGUUUCAAGAAGGGGAUCUAGUAUUGAAGAAAAUAUUGUCGUUACCUGGAGACGAUCAAAGCAAAUGGGCACCGAAUUACGAGGGUCCUUACAUAGUAAAGAAGGCAUUCUCAGGAGGAGCGCUGAAGUUGGCUAGAAUGGAUGGAGAAGACCUAGCUCGACCUGUGAAUUCUGACUCUGUAAAAAGAUAUUAUGCUUGAUGUAGGCUCCUAAAUCAAUAAAGCAAAG